GUCAGACGUGUUUCACACAGGCUGCUAGGCUGUCAGGAGAAGAGCACGUACAUCGGUGCUCUUAAAGUGGCGCCCCUAUUUGGAAAGCGCUCGACGGUAAUUCUGUCUCUUCGAUCGUUAAGCAUUGAACGCUGACCCGUGACCAGGCUUAACAAGACUGACAACGGCGGCAAAUAGGUAAUUACCAUAUGCUGCAGUGAGUUGUGAUGUGCAGUUGAUAAUCAGUGUGGAUAGAAUGAAAUGCUUGCUCCCUGAGGACAGAUAACUUUAGCAGUGUGGAAGCUCUGGUUUAUCUCCGGCGUCGUUCCCCAGACCGGUUGAGAGGGUUUAUCACUAGUACAGGGUAAAGCAUAUUUACCUUGAUUUUCCUACAAAGGUGUCAGUGUUGAAUUAGACUUCAAAAGGCACGCUUGUCUGCAGAAUCUGCUCAUGUGAUCAACGCACGGUAGGUAUGUUAAAGACGCUGUCUACGUGUGUCCAUGAACUGCUCUCAACGUUGAUAAGGAGUAACUGACAUGGUCGUCUAGCUGCUCAUUUUGGUUUGAUGGCGUCCGGGAUGGCACACAACGUGUCCGGAAUGGCUCACAACGUGUCUAUUGGCAUGGACAUCCUGUCCGAAGCUGUUAACCACACAGAGAGCCAUGAUAGGUCUAAAGUGUAUGCAGUUGUUGGUAUACUGUCUGUGUUUGCCGUUACCGGAACCAUUGGUAAUGCCCUUGCAUUCUACGUCUUCUAUAAUCUGAAAAACAAACUGACAUCCACGAUUUUCAUCUUGGCACUAGCCGGAGUAGACUUCAUCACCUGUCUGGUUACAAUACCAUACACGAUUGCCGUAGAAUACGUUGAAUUUUAUGUCAAGUAUGAUGCUGCUUGUAAGUUCUACCAUUUCCUCAUCACGACAACAAUCCCAUUUUCGGCAUUUAUCAUGGUUGCCAUUGCUGUUGACCGCUAUCUCUGUAUCUGCCACCCCUUCCUUCAUCUCAUGACCAUCAAACGAGCCCGAAUAAUUGUCGGCUGUUUGUCUGCUUUCGCACUGGCGUUAGGAGCCACAGCUUGUGUCCACUACAGUGUGUUCAAAAUCCAGGAUGUCGGACAGCAUGUCAACAGCACCUCAAGUCCUGUGAGUGUGGAGUUCACAGCCCGUUCCGGUAGCAACGUAACAGGGCCUGAAUACGGCCUCUUGCAACCAACAGAUUCGUCCAAGGGAAAUUUUUCUAUCAGCCGUGGCCUUGAACACAGAGAUCGUAACUUUACAGAUUUCCCAGAACCACAUGAAAUGAAACCGCUUGAAGUCUAUACCGGACAAUGUGUUACAAGAAGCACUACCAUUGACCCUAUAUUUUUUAUGGUGUACCAAAGGCUGUACUCGGGCUUUUUCCUUGUGUGUUGUGUGGUAGUGUUCAUAUUGUACAGCCUCAUUUACAAAUCUGUCAUUUCUCAGAGGCAGAAACGGUUGCGGAUUAAGACUCAGAAAUGCUGUCUAAUGUGGGACGCCGCCAACGUGGACAAUGAACAGUCUGAAGUGACAGUCGCCUUAGAACUGAACCACUCUACGACAAAUGGAGAAAGUCUUAAGACGCGCCCUGAUGAGAGUUUGGUUCCAGAGAACAAUGCCCAGAACAGCAACCAGGCGAACUCGUCCCGAGCGCGUCUGGAACGUAUGAGAAUGGCCAACAUUAAAACCGCUAUGAUGUUAUUCGUCGUUACACUGGUCUUCAUCAUUGCGUUUUCACCUGCAUGGCUGAUGGUACAUCACCUAAUCACGAUGGACGUUGUGUUUUUCUAUAUGUACUUCAUAUACAAUGUGGUAAACCCAAUCAUAUAUGCUUUUAUGAACAAUGCUUUUAGAGUUGAGCUUAGAAAGAUAUUUCACUGCGAAUGACAAUAGAGGCAUUUGGAUUGUUUAUCACCUACGAUUUAUGUUGUUAAGAGUAUUGAUAGUUCUCAUGGUAAACAUAUUUUGUUAUUAUAUCUGUAUUGCUUCAAAUAAAAUGUGUUACAUAUA